AUGCCUGAAAUUGAACUACUAGCCGAAAAGUUCAAAUUUUUAGUUCAAACUCCUAGCCGAGGACAAAUUUUAGAAGAAAUAAGCAAAUUCCUGCUCAUCCCUACACCUAAUUAUGUUGAAUGCUUAGACAUUUCCAAUCUUUACAAACAAGAUACAGUGGCUGGUUUUUUGGUUUUUUUAAAUGGAGAAAAGAAUCUUGCUAAGAGCAAACUGUAUAAGUUAAAAGGAGAAGAAUUAGAAAGUGACCUUUCCCGAAUAAAGACUGCUUGCCUUAUGCAUUAUCAAAAAUGUUCUCAAUCGGAAAUGCCUGACCUAAUAGUAGUAGAUGGAGCAAAAGAGCAAGUAAAAGCAGUUAAACAAACCUUAAAAGAACUAAAAUUAGAAACUUGGGUAAUCGGCCUUGCCAAGGAUGAGAAACACCGAACUGCUAAAAUAAUUACUAGUAAUUUAAAAGAAUUAGGAUUUGGAAAUAAGGAAAAAGUUAAAAACUUUUUUACUAAUUGCCAAGAAGAAGUUCAUCGCUACGCCAUUAACUUUCACCGUAAAGUCCACCGAAAAAGUUCCUUAAAUUAA